GGUUAUUUGUUUUCUGUUUCCUCACUUUACUCGCUGAAAUCGUGCACGCAUAUCUCGCGCUCACGUAUCUCCCUCCCUCCUUCUCUAUAUUACGCGCGGUUUUCCCCUUCUCGUUCUCCAUUGCUGUAAGCUCAUGUCUCUCUGUUGCAUAGAGGAGAUUUCUGCUACUGGAUUGUGGUGAUGGAUGUGAUAAAUAAGAACUUUGUAGAUGACUCUGAUGAUGAUGAGGAAGAAGAGUUUCUAACUAUUGUUGGUUUUUAUAUCAGCAUGGAAGAUAAUAGUUUGUUUAAAUCAACACCCCAACCUCAAAGGAUUUCAAAAUUGAAAGGACAUGCAUGGGUAGUUGAAGUAUUAACUGGUCAUCCAAGGAAUUGUUAUGAUACAUUUCGAAUGACACCACCUCAAUUCAUUAAACUGUGUGAUUUGUUGAAAGAAAGAAAUAAAUUGAAGGAUACUAGGUUCUUAAGUGUUCAAGAGCAAGUUGCAAUAUUUCUACUCAUUAUCUGCCAAACAGUGCGAACUAGAUUUGCAGCUGAUCGAUUUCAACACUCAGGGGACACUAUUCAUAGGCAUUUCAAAAGAGUUCUAAAAGCCAUUUGCUCUCUUUCCAAAUACUUCAUUGUUCCUCCUUCCUUUGAUGAAGUUGCUCAAGAGAUACGGUUCAAUCCAAGAUAUUGUCCUUUUUUCAAGCAUUGUGUAGGAGCAAUUGAUGGUACCCAUAUUUCAGCGUGCAUUCCAAAAGAUGAGCAGAUUCCAGAUCGUGGGAGAAAAAUUGAUCCGACUAUCAAUAUGAUGUGUUGUUACUCUUUUGAUAUGAAGUUCACAUUUGUUAUGGCUGGUUGGGAGGGUACAGCAAACGACUCAAGAAUUUUUUUGGAAACUAUUUAUAAGGCUGAGAAUCGUUUUCCUUUUCCCCCGACAGGUAAAUAUUACAUUGUAGACUCUGGAUACGCCAAUAUGCCUGGGUUUCUCUCACCAUAUCGUGGAGAACGAUAUCACUUGCGUGAUUAUAGAGGUCAACGAGCACCGCAAGGACCAAAGGAGCUAUUCAACUACAUUCAUUCUUCAUUACGUAAUGUGAUUGAAAGGUGUUUUGGGGUCUUAAAAGCACGUUUUCCUAUCUUGAAGUUCAUGCUGCCAUACGCAUUGAAAAGACAAAAGUAUAUACCACUUGCAUGUUGUGUUCUUCAUAAUUUUAUUAAAAUGGAGAUGCAGGACGAUCCUUUAUUUACACAAUAUGCAGAUGAAAAUGUUCAAUUAGAAGAUGAAGCGACAAAUGGAAACAACAACACAGAGGAACAUGUGCCACCACAGGUGACUACAGCAUCUUUUCGUCAAAUGGCUACAUUUCGAGAUCGUUUGGCUCAACGAUUAUGGGAUGCAACUAAUGCAACAUUGUAGCUAUAUUGGAGUUAAUUUGAAAAACUAUGGCAUUUCGUUAGCCUUAUGUACUUUUCUCUUUCUUGGAUCGUUAACAGUUUAUGAAUUUCUUUAAGUGUCAUUACAAUAAUUUAUCUAUAAAUUUGAAAAGCAAAUGUGGUAAGAAAUAUUCUAUGAGCAGCAGUGCUGCGGUGGCUCUCGUGUAGACUAGAAAUAUUGGUUGUGUUGUGAUUUAUGGGCAUUCAGGGUAGUUGAAUUUUCCCCAUUAGGAGGAAUUUGUAUCCAUAUUAUGUAUGCCAAUUACAUAAAAUCUUUGGUGUGUCCAAUUAUUUUAUGAUAUCAG